AGUGAAUCCUUAUGAAUUUUCCCAUGUCCAUGCCAAACACAAUAACCAACCUUCAUCAUGCUUAUCUGUCUCUUCCCUGAAUUAUAAGCACCGAUUACGUCUUUUUCGUUAUAGCGUACAAUGAAAUUUGGUCAACACGCCUCACUUAUCCCCUAAAACCCCCCUCCCCCUCCCAACUUUUUUUUCUCUUAAUUCCAAUCUUUAAACCCAUCAACCUACCCCCGAAAAACACUGAAUCUAAUUACAAAUAUAUUACUUUAUUAUUUCAAAACUUUUCUUUUUCGUCUAUAUCUGUUUUCCCCCAAGAAGAUUGCUCCGCCAUGGCCAGAGGCAAAGCGCCGAGGAGAACUAUCGAGUCUUAUACACCCCGGCAAAUCAAUACAACAAUUAAACCGGGGGAUUGCGUGUUGAUGCGACCAGCGGAGCGAUCGAACCCGCAAUACGUGGCGAGAAUCGAGUGGAUCGAGGCGGACGUACGUGGGGGAAACGUGAAGGUGCACGUGAGGUGGUAUUAUCGGCCGGAGGAAUCGGUUGGAGGGAGGAGACAGUUCCACGGUUCUAAGGAGGUUUUCUUGUCUGAUCAUUACGACUUGCAAAGCGUCGAUACCAUCGAAGGGAAGUGUACGGUUCAUAGCUUCAAAAGCUAUACCAAGCUUGAUGCUGUUGGAAACGAAGACUACUUCUGUCGUUUUGAGUACAAUUCCUGCACAGGUGCUUUCAAUCCCGAUCGCGUUGCCGUUUAUUGCAAAUGUGAGAUGCCUUACAAUCCCGACGAUCUAAUGGUUCAGUGCGAAGGCUGCAGUGACUGGUUUCACCCUGCUUGUAUAGAAAUGACAGCAGAGGAGGCGAAAACACUUGAUCACUUCUUUUGUGAAACUUGUUUACCUCAAGGUCAGAAGAAGCUGCAGAAUUCCCAUACCACUUCCCGACACUCAGGUACAAAGGUGGAUACAAAACGGCGACGACAGAGGUGAAAAAGAUGCAUAAACCCAGCGUUAUUUAGUCAAGAGACUGGAGUGAUUUUCAUUGUUAAAUGAUGAUUGAGUUGAUACUGACUUAAUUGGUUUGAAACCCUUAGUUCAUGUUUAUAGGGUUUGGGGUCAGUCAGUUGAACUCAACUAUGUGAUUUGGUUGUAAGCCAGUUGUCUCUCUCUGGUUUGUAAAUUAAGGUCGUGUUGUAUAUAACCAAAAGUUUUUAGCUUUAGGAAGAGAAAAAAAAAACUGCUAAGAUUCCUGGGAUUU